AAUCUAUCAUUUAAAAACCAGACCGUCUUGAGCUCACUUCUUCGUCUUCUAGCGAAAUGGCAGGAUUGUUCGCCUUUACGUCCAUUUUGCUGGGCGUCCUGAGCAUUGCAGGAGCCCAGAGCCCAGUUGACCAUCCCCUUCCUCGCCCUCUACCGCCUCAACUUUUUCCUCCUCAACCUCUCCCGCCUCUACCUCUCCCGCCUCGACCUCUCCUGCCUCAACCUCUCCCGCAUCGACCUCUCCCGCCUCACCGUCCUCCUUUCCCAUAUGUACCUCCCGGUCCUUCUCCUGGGGGUGCUAACACCGUCUCCGGCCUUGGACAACCAGUUUUCCCUGGAGGUGCUAACACCGUCUCCGGCCUUGGACGACCAGUUUUCCCUACACCCACGACGACAACACCAAAGCCAACCACCCCGAAGGCAUGCUCGUCCUGGUGCAACACGAAAAUCAACGGACGCAUUGAAUAUUUUUGUUGCGAUAAUCCACCCGCGCAGAAGCCUGGCGUGUGCCCCCCUGUGAGGACUGUGUGUCCAGUGUACGACGCAGUUGCUGCACCUAACCCCUGUAUCAACGACUACCAGUGCGACGACAAGUUGAAAUGCUGCUUCGACAAUUGCCUUGGGCAUAAAACUUGCAAGCCUGCCCUCCCAAUUUAGUUUCUUCGCACUCGAUGUUAUGGUUUGCCUGUUGUUGUGGUAUGUCGGUUGCAUGCUUCGCUUGUAUAGAUGCUACGUCAUACCUACGUCAUUAUCAGAAAUUGAAAUCAGUUACUGGUUUCACACUAGCUUACAAUUUCUUAGGAUUAUCUCCUUAUAUCGCUGACGAGGUUGCUUUGCUGUCGUAUUUGUAAAAUAAAAAGGCAGACGGCAACCAGUCAAGCGGAAUUACUUCGGGUCAGGUAUAAUUUUUAUUCGUGGCAUUGCCAGCCUAUAGAGUUUAGCUCUGCUUGUAUGCUAUAUCUAUUGUGAUUUUAAAUAAAAUUUUAUAAAAUUAGAA